UGCCUGCCACGCGUCCCAGUUCAGUCCGGUCAGCCUGCUGACACACUGAGGGGCCUACACUGGGCCUGAGAGUGCUGCUUUGGGAAACAUGAAUAUCCUAUUCAGACUAGCAGUUUUCCUUAGCCUCUGGGGUUGUUCCGGUGCUCAGGAACAAACAAAAGAAGAAACCACUGAGGAAGUGAAAAUAGAAGUUUUGCAUCGUCCAGAAAACUGCUCCAAAACAAGCAGGAAAGGAGACCUGCUAAAUGCCCAUUACGAUGGCUACUUGGCUAAAGAUGGCUCCAAAUUCUACUGCAGCCGGACACAAGAUGAAGGCCACCCUAAAUGGUUUGUUCUUGGUGUUGGACAUGUCAUAAAGGGGCUGGACAUUGCUAUGAUGAACAUGUGCCCUGGAGAAAAGAGAAAGGUGAUUAUACCUCCUUCAUUUGCAUAUGGGAAAGAAGGCUAUGCAGAAGGCAAGAUUCCACCCAAUGCAACUCUGAUGUUUGAGAUUGAACUUUAUGCCGUGACCAAAGGACCACGAAGCAUUGAAACAUUUAAGGAAAUUGACACGGAUAAUGACCGGCAACUCUCCAAAGCUGAGAUAGAGCUUUACUUACAGAAGGACUUUGAAAAAGAUGCCAAACCCCGUGACAAGUCAUAUCAAAAGGCAGUUUUGGAAGAUAUCUUUAAGAAAAAUGACCACAAUGGAGACGGCUUCAUUUCUCCCAAGGAAUACAAUGUGCACCAACAUGACGAGCUAUAAAUUUAUUUACUUCUCUGUUUGUUUGCUUUUAAAAAAAAUCACUGUUCCCUAUGUUGUAGUUAUACCUAUUUUCCCUUAUGAGGAGAUACUUGUUUCUUUCAAUAAACUUAGUUUCGGUGUAAUAAUGU